AAACAGUUUCUUAAAUGGGUGUCAAAACUUUGGAGGUUAUCAGCACAUCACAGCACGGGGACUGUCACAACUCUGCAUCAAUCACAAUUGAUGGAUAUAAGUAUACAACAACAUGGCGGAUAUUAGAUAACGCGCAGGAGGAACCCAGUCUGUUGAGUGCCUGCAUCUGCUUUCCUUCACCCUGGGAAUGUGUACACAGUUUGCCAGUGCAUUUCUGCGCGGCUUGAAAGCAGGGCAAAACAAGACAGAAGGCAGAGCGUGACCGACGGGGCUGCGAGCACUGUUCAAUCAGAUCUCAUAAGCAUGGGUGAGGGAAGGGGUUGAGCCUACACUCUCCUCAACCCGCACAUUCCAGGGGGAUAAAGCCAAGCUAGUGGCUGUCAAAUACAGGGCAGUACACAAUGGACACGCUACAUCGGUCUGAAAAAUUGCUGCAGCGUGUUCAGUGUAGAUUAGAUUCAGAGACGAGCCGGAGCGAAAGUCUCUGCAUAUGCAGGUCGUACAUGAUGCUACUCACUUCAAGGAUGAGCCCGGGUGCAGUGGAGUGAUGUGAUGUGAAAAAGGACACGUUUGCAGCGGCUCUCCGGGACUCUCGCUCGUCCAGCUGCAAACUGACACUGGCUCGCUCUGAACAUUAUCAUCGACGCGUUGCCAAAGAUUAACAGAGUGGGGCGGCGAGGGGGGUGAAUUCUGUGGAUGUGUGCGUGUGUGUCUUCUGCAACGCCGUUGUUCCCCAACCCUUUCCACCUGUCUUUGGAAAAGGAGGGACGCCGAGGUGAUUGAGCGCGUGGGGCAGUCUUUUGGGUGACAGCUCGAACGACCCGCGGUGGUAUCUUCAUUUCCGAAUCGCGGGUGGACACCAUGAACGGCUUGACUCCAAAAAUGCCCUGGGAGUGUGCACAUACAGUGGACGUCGCCUGUUGCAGCGACCGCUUGGAAGAGUGAUCCUUCGUAUUCGUUUAAAAUUGCCGCUUGGGAAGAGUCCCACCCCCAAACCCCCCCCUUCCCCCGAUCUUUCGGCUUUGCUAACUUUGUGCUUUCUCUCUGGGAUUGCCCCGUACAUGUGUUUGCAGGCGGCAGUGUCGUGUCGCGGCCAUUGCGACUUCGAGGCAGCUCCUGGCCUCAGGAUAAACACGAACAGCCAAGUUGUCUCAAAGUAGAGACGGACAGCUCUCCUCCUACCCACCGCCCCUCUCUGUGCUGUUUCCGGAGCCCCGCGGUUCCCCUGUGUGGGUGAAGAGAGAGAGAGAGGUUCGAGUAUCCCCACGUCCCAGGGAACAAGGCGCAAAAGGACAACUUCACUUUGACGAGACACAAAAGUCUGACUGGAAGAUUCUAGCCGCCUCCAAGGACAAAAAAAAAGUUUGCGGGACCAGUUUUGCCGUGCGGUACCCCGCUGAAUUUUAAUGAGUUGUGACUCUGUAUUUUAACCGUGCAGGCGGGAUGCUGAACGCUGACCUCUCAUUGACUCUCUAUCCCUGGAUUCUGAACCGCUACUUCCUCACCUCCCUGUUCUUUCUUUUUCAGCUUUCUCAGGGCGAACUCCAGAAAUCAGGCGGGAGAUCGGUUUUUGAGACGGGGACUGACGAGUGUCAUGAGAUCUGCUCGUGUCGACUACCCCCGUUACCCCCUCCACCACCACCCCCUCCACCGCCCAGGCAAUUCGUGUCUCCAACUGUAAAACCCACAGAUUAUCCUACAUUAAAACCCUGGUGGACGGACAUGGUCAUUUUAAUCGCAGUGAGUUGUGCCAUUCUUGCUUUCCUGGUGAUAGCUGUCAUUAUCUGCUACAAAGCAAUAAAAAGGAAGCCGAUGCGGAAAGAAGAGAAUGGGACAAAUCGAGCUGAAUAUGCAAUGACCUCCCAAAAUGACAAAAUGCCAGAUGCAAAUAGUGCAAUCAUUUAACAUUUUCUUUAAAAAAAAGCCACAAAGAUGUUUCAAGACAGACAACUGUCUAGUUCAAAAUACACACAAUGUGCUUUGUGCAAAGAUUGAAAAGGUGUUCUGAAGAUAAGGACAUAAUUUCAAAAAAUAUAGUGAGCACAUCAGUUAUUCAGAGCAUAGAAACAGACUUCCCUUCAAUCACAUUGAUUGUGAGGUGAAGGAUAAGCCUGCCAAUCAAGUAAGAGACAGCUCCUUACAAAGGCAUAAUCGCUGAUUGCAGCUUCCACUGAAAACAACAGCUUCAAGAUGCCUCAUCACCUGGGUGAAUAUCAACUAGUUCUUGCAAGCAAUCUAUAAACUCUCUCUAAAGCAAUCUACUAGAAUAGUUAUAACUUGCUGUAUUCAGUUGCAAGUGGAGGUGCUCGUGUUGAAGUGUUUACUCACGUGACCUAGUGUUUCCAGAAUAAAACAAGUUACAGUGAAAAAGGAGGGAAAAUCACUUCUCAUAAAGCCACUGAACUAACAAAGAACGUUGGCUUCCACCACAAAAAGUGCAUCUGCAGUUUGAUAGACUAUGCAAUUUUUUUUCUUGGAAGACACCUCAUCCAAAUAUACUAAUUUUUUCAGAAUAUACAGCCAGUAAAGGUUUGUGAAUCACUUUGUAAACAGGUGUUUUUUAAGCUUCAUUGGCACAAUCAUAGUUUGACUUUAUUGGUAAAGCCUUUUUCACACUGGCAGGUUUAUCCCAGGUUGUUUUGGCAUUAUCUCAAAUCACAACUGAGUGCUGUUAAUAGUCACAAACUUGGUAAAAUAUUAUGUUUCUUUGUUCAUGACCAAAUCAAACAGUUUAUACUUCAAGAUGGAGCAUUGAUUUUCUAUAUCAAACGUAUUAUAUAAUGAUUUGUAGAACUUCAAACGCAGUGUUUUCUAAUAACCAUUGGCAAUAGUCAUUGGUGAUUGAAUAGGUUCAACAAAUUCAGUCAGGGCAGAUUGUUCAUCCCUUCACACUUCUUUAAACUCUUUCAUUAUUACAUUGAUGCUUUUCACUUCUAGAUUUUUGUUUGUGUGAAUAUUCCUAAUAUCCUUUCCAUUGAAUUUUAAAGACUACUUCCAAUUUUCAAAGAAAACUUUCUCCCACUUUUCAAUCUAAGUGUAUGCUUAGCAAGCAAACUGAUUUGGAAUUGUAUCAUUCUUUGGCAGUUGAAAGAAAUUUGAAAUGUUUUUGUGUGUUGCCUUUUACAUGUAUGCUUCUAAGACUGAAAUGAGAUGCCUUCAAAUGCAAAAAUGUAGUCCAGUGUAAAAAAGGCUCUAGUUUACUCAAGUUAUGACUAAGAUAUAUUUAUGGCUUUUUAGUGUUUUUUUUAAUACUGAAACCACACCCCACUCUCCUUUAAUGGGAAAACAAUAAUGUGUUGUGAUAACUGCUUUUAGUAUUCACUAAUGGGUUAAACAAUCUAGAUCUUAACUGGAAAGUUCCUGAGUUAUUCCUUUUAGUUUAUGAUUAACACACAGAGAACAUGGCUAUUUGUGACAUAUUCAAAUCGACUGCAUGCAACUGUAAGAAUGUAUAUAGACUGAAUGUCAAAAUGAUUAGCAUGGCCCAGGUUCAGGAUUAUUUUUGAUUGCAUUUCUCUAAAUUAUCCUCCAAUCUUUUAGAAGUAUGAAGGUUUAUGUUAUUCAUACAGAUCUGUUCUUGUAAAUUCCUUAGCAGUGAAUCAACUUGUGCAAGUUAUCUACAAGCGUUCCUUCUUUCAACAAUUGGUAGCCAGCCUGUGUACUUUUCUUCAGCUGGUUAUAAAGGAGUUGGAAAUUGGUUUAGGUAUUUUAUCACCCUUGUUUGAAGUCCACACAGGGCAGACAAUUUAAACAGUGUCAGUAUUCAUCCUAGAAUCUACAUCGUUUUGAUAUGCAAGUUGGACAUAACUUAACCACAAUUCAAAUUUUGCUACAUCCAAAUUCAUUGAUCCUCCAUGUCAAGAAAUGUGGACUGCAGAAUGGGCGAUAACACUGUCUCCCUAAUUUGUGGUGACUCAGCACUGGAAGCAUGGGAUGUUGAAUUUAUUCUGCUUUUUUUCAGCUUUGAAAGGGAUCCUUCAACUAGGUUUCUCAAUAUAAAACAAAUUGUGCUUUCACUCAUUUUGGAAAGGCUUUGUGAAUCAGUGAAGGAACAGUUAAACAUAACCAUAAUCAGAGAAACAGGAAAUGUUUUUGGCAGCUGACUGUGACAUGUGCAGAACACUGCCAAAUAUAUAAAAUGAUACUAUUUAGAAAUCUGAAGUAUUUCUGUUAUUGGUGUACAUUUUUCUGGUAUAAUAAUAUCCUAUUAAACAUCAGUCCACAAUCUGCUGUCACAAUAAUGGUGAGACUAAUGAAUGUCCAUUAUUCAGAGUCCUAGAGUCAAGGAGACGUACAGCAUAGAAACAGAUCCUUCAGUCCAACUCGUCUAUGCCAACCAGAUGUCCUAAAUUAAUCUAGUCCCA